AUGUCGCUGCAUACAGAACUACUACAACAAGCAAAACUCAAUCAAAUAAAUGAUUUAAAACAAUCAUCAAUCUAUCUGAAACAAUUAAUGAAUUCAAUCUAUGCCGUAAUCAAAUCAAAUUCCGAUAAUUCCAGCAAUAAUACUUCAUCAUUAUUAGAUAAAAUUACUACUAUUCAUCAAUUAAAUAAAGAAAUAGAUCGACAAUUAAAUGAAGAUAUUGCCAUGAAUUAUUAUGAACUUAUGAAAUAUAAAAAACAAUUAAAUCGAAUGAUUCAAGAAUGUCAUCAAAUAUUAAAUGGGAAUGGCCCUGGUUCGAAUAUAAUUAAUGAAUUACAAACAAGAUCAGAAUAUAUUGAUCAAGAUUUACGAAUAUUAGAACAUACAUUAAAAUUAAUUAAGAAAUAA